AGGAAGCGGAAAGCAGCAGUGCAGCGGCGGCGGCGGCGGGGCUCUGCCUCUCCAGGAGCCCGGGCGCAGGCCGCAGAGCCGGGGCCGCUGUGAGCCGAGACCGCGGGCCGCGGAGCCCGGGCGGCCGGCGCGGAGAAUUUGUUCCUGUUGAAGAGUGGCUCCUCUUCUAAUUUCCAGACUCCUUGAGGUUUUAGGAGUCUGGUAGGUGAAAUUCUCUACCUCUAAGGAGAAACAGUACCUGCUCCUUCCUCAAGGGCAAGCCCUCCAUUGCUAUGGAUACCGAAUCCACUUAUUCUGGGUAUUCUUACUAUUCAAGUCAUUCGAAAAAAUCUCACAGACAAGGGGAGAGAACUAGAGAGAGACACAAGUCACCCCGGAAUAAAGACGGCAGAGGGUCAGAAAAGUCUGUCACCAUUCAGCCUCCCACUGGAGAGCCCCUGUUAGGAAAUGAUUCUACUCGGACAGAGGAAGUUCAGGAUGACAACUGGGGAGAGACCACCACGGCCAUCACAGGCACCUCGGAGCACAGCAUAUCCCAAGAGGACAUUGCCAGGAUCAGCAAGGACAUGGAGGACAGCGUGGGGUUGGAUUGCAAACGCUACCUGGGCCUCACUGUUGCCUCCUUUCUUGGACUUCUAGUUUUCCUCACCCCUAUUGCUUUCAUCCUUUUACCUCCGAUCCUGUGGAGGGAUGAGCUGGAGCCUUGUGGCACAAUUUGUGAGGGGCUCUUUAUCUCCGUGGCAUUCAAACUCCUCAUUCUGCUCAUAGGGACCUGGGCACUUUUUUUCCGCAAGCGGAGAGCUGACAUGCCACGGGUGUUUGUGUUUCGUGCCCUUUUGUUGGUCCUCAUCUUUCUCUUUGUGGUUUCCUAUUGGCUUUUUUACGGGGUCCGCAUUUUGGACUCUCGGGACCGGAAUUACCAGGGCAUUGUGCAAUAUGCAGUCUCCCUCGUGGAUGCCCUCCUCUUCAUCCAUUACCUGGCCAUCGUCCUGCUGGAGCUCAGGCAGCUGCAGCCCAUGUUCACGCUGCAGGUGGUCCGCUCCACCGAUGGCGAGUCCCGCUUCUACAGCCUGGGACACCUGAGUAUCCAGCGAGCAGCAUUGGUGGUCCUAGAAAAUUACUACAAAGAUUUCACCAUCUAUAACCCAAACCUCCUAACAGCCUCCAAAUUCCGAGCAGCCAAGCACAUGGCCGGGCUGAAAGUCUACAAUGUAGAUGGCCCCAGUAACAAUGCCACUGGCCAGUCCCGGGCCAUGAUUGCUGCAGCUGCUCGGCGCAGGGACUCAAGCCACAACGAGUUGUAUUAUGAAGAGGCCGAACAUGAACGGCGAGUAAAGAAGCGGAAAGCAAGGCUGGUGGUUGCAGUGGAAGAGGCCUUCAUCCACAUUCAGCGUCUCCAGGCUGAGGAGCAGCAGAAAGCCCCAGGGGAGGUGAUGGACCCUAGGGAGGCCGCCCAGGCCAUUUUCCCCUCCAUGGCCAGGGCUCUCCAGAAGUACUUGCGCACCACCCGGCAGCAGAACUACCACAGCAUGGAGAGCAUCCUGCAGCACCUGGCCUUCUGCAUCACCAACGGCAUGACCCCCAAGGCCUUCCUAGAACGGUACCUCAGCGCGGGCCCCACCCUGCAAUAUGACAAGGACCGCUGGCUCUCUACACAGUGGAGGCUUGUCAGUGACGAGGCUGUGACUAAUGGAUUACGGGAUGGAAUUGUGUUCGUCCUUAAGUGCUUGGACUUCAGCCUCGUAGUCAAUGUGAAGAAAAUUCCAUUCAUCAUACUCUCUGAAGAGUUCAUAGACCCCAAAUCUCACAAAUUUGUCCUUCGCUUACAGUCUGAGACAUCAGUUUAAAAGUUCUAUAUUUGUGGCUUUAUUAAAAAAAAAGAAAAAUAUAUACAGAGAUAUAUAUCUAUGCCAGAGGGGUGUCUUUUUAAAAAAUUCUUCUUCAUUGCUGACUGAAACUGGCAGAUGAUUGACCAGUAUCCUUUGACCAUCUGCACUUUAUUUGGAAGGAAGCAGGGGCUGUCCACCCUGAAAAAGAGUGACUGAUGACAUCUGAUUUUUGUCGAUGGGACUUCUCAAGAAGCCAUUCCCUGGAGCUUCUGUUACAGCUGUAAACCAAAGUGGAGCUGGUGCUUCUUGGGAGCCUCGCCUUACAACUAGUUCCUGCCUUUCGUCCAGUACCAAGUCCCCUGUUGCUUCUGGUCAGCCUACUUGUAGACUUCCAGGGGACACAUCUUUAUUCUGUUUCAGGAAACCAGUCACGACACGUCCACAUAUGUAUUUGUGUAUGUUAAUGUCCAGUAUCACAUCACCCACGAAAGUCGUGGGCAGUUCAGGAGAUACCUACCUUCGUCUUUGUUCUUUGUUGCCUUAGGUUCUUCAGAGAAAGAUCACAACAAAAAAUGUGCACUGUCGUUUACAGCUAUUAAGUGAUUUGGUUUUGUUUUUUUCCCAAAGAGAAAACCUACCUGCCCUGUUUCUGAUCCCACCCCUGUACUGGCUUGAAGCAGGUAGCCCUUCCCCAGCCCUGCAGCUGCCCACCUGGCCUCCAUGCCAUCCUGCCCCACCUGGCUGGCAGACCUGGUUCUCCAUGUAUGCCCUCCGGCUCUUUGUGAAGCCUCAAGUCAGUCCCAGCAUAGGGAAGUGUGGGGUGCCCAGCAGGUAAAGCACAGGGAGAGAGGGCAGCAGGAAUGCCCCCUUUAGGCUGCAGCAGGAGCCCCACACUGCCCAGUUUUCCUCCCCACUGUUCUACACCAACCAGGGGAGACUAACACUGUGACUCUGGGAUUGGCAGGUGCAACUUGGAGCCACUUAAUUUCCUGGGGAUGUAAGUUCUUCCCAAGUUUAUAGCCAGCUGCCCUGCCAAGGGACACCAAACCAUGCCAACCACGCUGGCAACUGCUGCUGUCCAGUCCCUGUGUUUUCUGACCACUGUCACUGUGCAACUCAUCGCCUCUGCCACUUAGGACCAGGAAACAGGGUGGUUUUGCUCCCACUCUUCGUUGCUGAUAAAGUGGGGUGAAGGAAAAUGGACACUCUGCAGAGUUUGGGGAAGGGAGAGUAGGGAGCCCAUCUUCUUGUCCAGAAAGAUUCAUCCGCAGUCUGUCUGUUAAACACAGCUGAUUUCAGUGGGCUUUCCCCUGGCCCUGGGGGAGCAGACACUGACUGGGUUGUGGGCAGAGGAGCCAUCCUGGCGGAGCCCUGCUGCAGGGAGCUCCUUCCGGAGCCCCAUCCAGACCUCUUGCACUGGGCUGCCUUUGCCUCCAUUUGCCUUCCCGUAUCUGCAACAAAUCUUUUAAAAGUGUUCACUCUUGCUUUUUCCAGUAUUUUGGGUAAUCAGCCACCUUGCUGUAGUACAGGAUGACAUUGUCGAAUGCUCUUUGUAUGUGUGCACAGCCCCUUACUCCCUUACUGCUUCAUGCAAUCCGCAAGUGAUACAGUGUUUUCUGUCAUUGUAAAAAUCAAAAUUCGCUUUGGGUCUUUGUAAUACACCGUACCUGAAAAAGUAAACAACAUUCUUCAAUUACCAGGCUUCAGCUUGAAAAGACAUGCUGGAGAAGAAGGAAGGGGGAACCCAUAGGUGUGGCGUGGAGCCAAGAUGUACUAUUCAACUAUGUGGUUCUGUUUAUAAAAAGCACAUACCAUGGAACCAUGGUGCUUUUGUUCUUAGUUUUUGCUGUUAGAUCCCUUCAAACUGGAAGUUCCUUACAAUAUCUUUCUCAGGAAAUAUUUUGGGAGAUGGGGUAAGAGAUGGCAAGUGUGAGAUGGGCUGUGUCAGAGGUUGCUACGUCAUGGAUACAGUGCAGUUCCAAGUGCCAUAAGUGUAUAUACAUAUAGUUAAUAAUGACACUGUUCAUCACCAUUCUAAAAUACUGUUCUUCCAACCCUAUCUUAAAUGACCAGUCCAGAAGGGGUUAAGCUGGAUUCAUUUGCUCUGGCAUGUGCAUUCCCAGCAGGGUGAAGAAAGGUUUAAAUUAAAGAAUUUAUUUUCUCUCUCCCCCUUCCUCUUUCUCCAAGUCUUUGCAUAGGAGAAUGUCAGACAUUCAGAAAUAACUGUUUCUGUUUUAAAUCGAGUAUUGGUUUUUGAUAUUGACUUUGUAUUGAGUUAUUUUUGAAAGAAUAACAAAAUAAAAUGCAGGAUCUUUGUAAAGCCUUUGCACUUUCAACCUCUUUAUAGCUUGAGUUACUGUUGCAGUGGGAACAAUGUAAAUGACAUUUAAAAGAUUUAAGGUUUCAGAAAGCUGCAUCCCACAAUUGAACACAAUGCAUUUUUAUUUCAAUUCUUGGAACUGGUAGGCUAUUCUUUUUAAAAGGAGGUAAACUUUGCCCUAAGGCUGGUAGAACAUACGUUCACAUUAUAGUAGACAGGAUUUCAUUUGCCUUAAAUGUUUAGAUUUUUUAUAAUUUUCAGCCUACAUUAUUAAAAUUAGAGCAUUGAGUGUUAAAGAACUUAAUGAGAAGUCUGUGUCUGAGAUGGCUCUCUUCCCUGGUGAUGUUUUAACUGGUAGCUAAUUUGUUCUUAAAUGUGUACUUUUGAAGAUAGGACAAUUUUUAUAGUCCAUGAACUGAAUGUUAAAAAGUUCUGUGUGCAUUCUCAGAGAGGAUUUUAAAGCUAUAUAGUUCAUCCGUCCUUUGCAUUAUCAAAAUGUUAAAUCAAAUGUAUAAUACUUUGGCUAAAAUUCAUAAAGUAAGCCCUAGAGAAAAUACUUGACCAUCAAAUUUUUGCCCAACUAUCAUCACCUCCCUUCCCCCACCCCCGCCUCUGUUCUUGCCUUUUGACAUCUACAUAGAAGACAAGUUCUUUAUAGCAAAUGGUAAGAGGCAGGUGACCUGGUGUGUUUGCCAUGUAGUUCAUUGCCUGGGGCUUGGGACUCCUUUUUUAAUGGAGAGACUGGCUGUGCGGGUGUGUGUUGGAUAGGGAUAAAGUGCUCACCCCUCCCCUCUCUACAGUAGUUGGUGGUAGAUUUCUCUCUCAUUGUGCCUCUCAUAAUCACUUUCAAGUGCAUGCAUUUACCUAAGGGCUGUAGCUCUGUGGGAUGCUACCAGUGUAUUGGACUGACAGAAAUUGAUUACCUUGCCACUCCAACCUAUGUACUGAGUGAGUGUUCCAGCCACUCAGUGAAACCAACAAAAGUGAGUCCUUGGUUUACCUUCCAAUCUGGGUCCUGCUGUGUAAGUAUCCCUAAGUGGGGAUGCAUAUUUGUUUGUGCGUUUUUAUUUCCAUAUAUGUGAGCAUUUCUCUGAGUGUGUGACCAGACGGAUAGCACGUUUAUAUGUCAGACAUCUUAACAUCCGUGUUGUCUGUAGCAGGUGCAUAGCUCAGCAGAUACGUGUGAAUGUGUAUAUAGCUGAGUGUGUGAGGGUGUCUGUGUUUCUGCAGUCCCCUGUGUUUGAGAGAUUACUUAAAAACCCUGUGUUUUGGGAGGUUGCUCUAAACCAGUGACUUUUCCGUCCCCUGCUUUAUUCCUUUCCCUCACUGACACUGGCUUCUCCCCCUAGAGUAAAUGGCUUUAGCACAGCACUGUCUUCUGGGGAGCCUGCUGUCCUGCAGGCAAGUCCAUUAAACUCUUCCUUGCUUUAGGACUCUGAAAACAGCAAGAAACAAACAAAGAAAGGUCAAGCUCUAAGAAAAUUACUGCACAAACUUCACUACCCUGGAAGCCUUACUAGAUAUUUCUUAAGGUAACUUAAAAAUUGGGCUUUAUUUUUAAAAAGUGAUAGGUUACUUAAAGUAGCACGGAAAUGUUAGCAUAUUUAUUUAAAUAGUCCUGCAGCAGAGACCCUGCGAUUGUAAAGUGAUUUAAGUGUUUCUGGGUAGUGUUUGUGAUUUAUGGAUUUGUUACCAAAAAAACAACAAAAAAAUCACUACUGUGAAUUUACUACUAUGUAACCUUGUGGUCAUAUUUCAUUAUAAAUAAAAUAAGAAUUGCU